AUGCAUUGGGUUCCUGUAUACCUGAAAAAUACAUUUUGGGCUGGGAUGAGUACAACUCAGAGGAGUGAGAGCAUGAAUGCAUUCUUUGAUGGAUAUGUACAUUCAGGGACUACGUUGAAAGAAUUCAUCGAUCAAUUCAACAAUGUAUUGAGGAAGAAAGUAGAGAAUGAGUUGGCAGUAGAUUUUCACUCAUUCAAUUGCACAGUACCUUGUAUAUCUCUUUUACCUUUAAAGAAAAAAUUUCAAGCAGUGUACACGAAUUCAAAAUUUAAGGAAGUGCAGGCAGAAAUAAUGGGGAUUAUCUACUCUCACUGUGUUAUUAUAAAAACAGAAGGGGCGAUUAUCACAUAUCAAGUUAAUGACCAAAGGGAAGUUGAAGACGGUAUCAAGAAGUCAACUUUGCAAGCGUACUUCAAUAAAGAUGAGUGUGAGACGAAGUGCAUGUGUGGACUAUUUGAGAUGAGAGGUAUUAUUUGUAGACACAUUCUUUCUAUUUUAGCCGCAAGGGAUGUCCAAGUGUUGCCAGAAAAGUAUAUUAUGGAGAGAUGGAGGAAGGACAUUAAACGUAGAUAUGCUCUUAUUCGAAAUAGUUAUGAUGACUUAAGUGGUAAACCAGCUGCUACUUGGUAUUCAGAAACUGGAAGUUCGAAUAAAGUGUUGAGUCAUCGUGUUGUUAGAGGUAAAGGGAGGCCACCAUCAAAGAGAAAACAACCUACAAUAGAGAAAUUGCAAACCAAAAAUAAAAAGGCUAGUGGCAAGCGACAGAGACUUAAUGCAACAUCACAUACUCAGGAUGUAUUAAACCCCGUUGAUUCGGUAGCACCAUCGCAACUGCCUGCUACACAACAAAGCGUGAUUUCUCAAGUGAACUCCGAAAUGCAUGGCCCCCUUGAUGAUUGA